CAAUGUUAGCAGCGGCUUACGUCAGGAUCUAGUUUUUUUUUCUAAGGCGUCAUAUUGGUAGAAUAACCCCUAGAGGCAAAUGCUUGUACAGUGACGCAUGAGGUGAUUUCUACCAAUCACUCCCUACAUUUAAGAUAAUCGAACGUUAAUCAUUGCUCAGGAUAAAAAUGGUUUCAGAAAGUAAUCAAGAAUGUACAGUCUAUGAAUUCGGAAACCUAAAACCGGGUUUUGUGACCAUCAUCAAUGUUGAGGAGUUUGACCAGAGUCGCGAACCACAGAGCAAUCGAAAAGGUUCAGAAAUGGACGUAAAGGAGCUGUGUGAGACAUUUAAAUCAAUAGAAAUGGAGGUCAAUUUGAUGAAGAACCCAACCAAAGACACCAUCAUGGAACUUUUAGAAUCAGAUGGCAAAGAGUACAGCAAGUACGCAAUGUCCGUGUUCAUCAUCAUGUCUCACGGCAACAAGGAUGAGGUUUACGCUACCGACGGUAGGAUCAAGAUAAACGAUAUCGUCAAGAAAAUUCAGAGUAAAAAUGAGCUAAAAAAUAAACCAAAGAUUUUUAUCUUUCAAGCAUGCCGAGGUAGCAGCACAAACAGACCAGAAAACUCACCAGCAGCAGAUUGUGCUGACGUAGUAAGUUUGACAGAAACAGACGCAACACAGCCGCCCAAUUUCGCAGACUGCUGUGUUAUUCAUUCAACCAUUGAGGGUCACGUGGCGUACAGAGACAUAACGGCGGGAUCCUGGUUUAUCCAAGAUUGGUGUCAAGUUGUGAAAGAGUUCAGCCGACAGGAUGAUAUCACCGAGCUGAUGACUAAAGUAACAGCACGCUUAAGCCAGAGACAAGUUGGUGGAGAUAAACAAAUAUGUCCCUCUACGUUCACUUUGACUAAAAAACUCUUCCUGACUAAAGAAGCUUACGAAAAGUACGUGAGAUGUGAAAGUGCGAUCUUGCUUCUUGGAAGUCCUGGAGUCGGCAAAAGCACGCUGGGUAAUUUAAUCUUAAGAGAAAAAGUAUUUACCUCUUGCAGCAGAAUGAAAAAUGGAAUUACGGAUGUGAAGAGGGAAACUCGUUUAAUUGAUGGCAAACACAAUGUGCAAGUUAUAGAUACCCCAGGCAUUGAUUUUAAAAAAGGCUGCGAUAAAACGUUUGCUAAGCAGUUUAAAGAGAUCUGCGUAAGGAUUAACAGUGGGAUCAACGCUUUUGUGUUUGUUUUGCCAUACGGAAAGCGUUUAACUGAGCAUGAACUGUGUGUGUUGCAGAUGUUGAGAAAGAUGUUUGGCGAUCAAUAUUUUUACAAGUAUGGCUUGCUGGUGUUUACGAGAGGGGAUGACUUUGAGACUGACGACAACACGGAAGGAAAAACGUGGCAACAAUGGCUAACCUCUUUGCCGGAAAAAUCAAUGGAAAAGAAAAUAAUGAGUUAUUUUGAAAAUGCACCGUUGUUAAUUAAUAACAGAACACGUGAUGAGGAUAUUAAAAGAGAACAAUCUCGAUGUUUGAUAAACGUGGUUGAGCGUGUAUCGCAAACAGACAGGUAUGGUAUCACACAGUUUGAGGAAGUCAAUGACUGGUUUCAUUGGUGGCGAAACUUUGAAGAUUAUCUUACAAAGCUUUGGAAAACUUUUGCUGAAAUUUUCUCUAACUACAAACAAAAUACUUCAUACCUAAAAGAUAAAAACCCGAAAGUAGUGAUUCAUCUUUCUUUUCAUUAAGUUGGCAGUAUCACAGACAUAAAAUAAACCGGGAGCGAUCUCCCCUAAACUUUCUCGAAUAUUCUUUUAUAAAAAAACAGGGAAUGGGAACUCGGGAUAUAGACAUGAAUUUUAAUCCAUUUUAAAUACUUAAACUUUUUAAAAUAAAAUAAAAUCUCGUAAAAAAAAGGAUUGCACACCUGUGAACGCUAAAUAAAAUGUGCAUAAUAGUGCGGAAUAUUAUUAGUGUAAUAUAUAAAGCUCAAUUCUGUAUGUUUGUAAUAAGUUUGUCGUGGAUACUUCGAUGGAUUUAAGUGUUAGAUUAUUAUAGUGCUCAAGGUAUUAAUAUUUGAGUUAAAAAAUUACUAUUGAAAGUCUUUAAAAACAAUUUUCAUUUUAUAUACUUAGAAUAAUAAUUUUCAAUUAUGAACAUUACAUAAAAUUUUAAAAAAGUGUAUUAACAUUUAUAAAAUUUCUAAAAUUGUGUCUGAAAUGUAUUGACUCCACAGUUACUUCUCUUUAAAAAAUCAUUAAAUCGGGGGAAGAGAGAAUUUACUUUUUAUUACUUUGUUUUGGUGUUAAGAAAAAAAAAAUUACAUAAUUAGCGGGUAUUGAUUAAGUGCAAUGUCGUUGGUAUUUUUAAUACUGCCUUUUAUUUAUUCUAUACACUGAACAUACUGUUCACUAAUUCUUUUUUUUUUAAAUCAAUAACAUUUAAUAAGCCAGGUCCUACAAAUCCUAUAUGUUUAUUUCUUUCCAUUUACGGAUAAGCUUAGAGUAUUAUAAUUUUGUUCACUGAAUUGAAAUAGGCGCGUCCGCCGGCGCCCCUGCACGGUUCGAUUUGGCGCCCUGGCCUAUCAUGUGAGCGCUAUGCUGCAUAAUUUCGUUUUAAACAGUGCGAUAGACUAUGGAUAAGAAAGAUACUAUAGUCUUUAAGUGAAUCAAAUCCGGGCGUCCUCCGGCACCCCAACAGGGUGCUAUUUGGCCCCCCGGGCCUUCCCGUGUACGCUAUGGUACCUACGUUCGCGUAAGUGAGUUGAAAAGACUAUGAAUAAGUUGGGUACUAUAGUCGUUUACUACGUUGAGUCAGGCGGUUACGCCGCACGUCGUCAUGGUGCGAUUUUACACCCCGGGCUAGACUGGACACUAUGAGUUUAUCUUUGCGUUUGUGUUUUCUUUGUGUUUGAGUUUGGGUUUGCGUUUGUGAUUGUAUUUGGGUUUGGAUUUGGGUUUGUUUUCGUUUGCUUUUUUCUUUGCGUAAGUGUUUUCUUUGUGUUUGUGAUUGUGUUUGCGUUUGUUUUUGUGUUUUCGUUUGUGUUUGUAUUUGCGUUAUGUUUGCGUUGUUUUUUUGGUGUGUUUUGGUUUUGUUUGGUUGUGGUUGGGUUUGUGUUUGCGUUUGGAUUUGUUUUCGUUUGCUUUUUUGUUUGCGUUAGUGUUUGUGUUUUCUUUGUGUUUGUGGUUGGGUUUGUGUUUGCGUUUGUUUUUGUGUUUUCGUUUGUGUUUGUUUUAUGUUAGUGUUAUGUUUGCAUUUUUUGUGUGUUUUGGUUGGUUGUGUUUAGGGCGGGCAAUGCCGGGUUUAUGCUGAUUACUAAACACACAAGUUAUGGUCCUUUACAGAUACGUUUUUCAGAGAUGCCAGAGCAGGGCCUGGCCGGGACGGCUAGUACUUUAUAAAUUUACAUUUGUUUUUUGAGAAAUCGGAAAUAGCGUAAAUUAGUACUUUCGAUCAACGGAAAUUACUCAAAAUUUGAUAGAAGGUAGAGAAUUAGAUCUUUUACUUACAUGUGAAAUUUCCUUUAUCUAUCUGAAAUAGUACUCAAUUUAUACGCUUUUGAAAAAUUCAAAGUAGAAAAAGUUCCACUUUCGGUUAUCGGAAAGCGCUCAAAAGUUUAUACGGCUACGAUUUCAAUAUAAUACUUAUAAAUGCAAUUUCAUCAAACUAGCUGUAACGGUACUCAAGUUAUCGUGUUUACAUACACACACACAGACAGACACACAGACAUACGGACAGAAUUGCAAAAUCCAGUUUUUACGACUCGAUAACGCAUAAAACGCCAAAAUGUUUAUAUAUUUGUAUUUAUAAUUUUUGCCUGAUUAAAAAAAGUCCUCUAUACUCCGGAUGUGAUGAAGGACUGAGGAGUAAAACGCUGAAAACUGUCAAAAUUUCAUGUUAUUUUUGUGCACGAUUACAAUACUUUAUCUAUACUUCGUAUAUACGAGAAAGUAAAAAUUGACAAAUAAAUUCGCCAAAAAUCCUAGCAUACAUAACAAAAAAAUUCCUAAAAAAAAAAACGUUUUAAUAACAAGCUUUUAUGUACUAAUGCACUAAAAAGUUGAAAAUAAAUUAUAGACUACUAUUUAAAUACUUUUGUAUUUACUGUGUCUAACAUUUGAAUUCUGGCGGUUGUUGUUGGUUUUUCUGUACUGGUGAUAGUUUUGUUGCUGUGGGUUUCUGAUGGUUGCGUGCUGCUGAUGUAACUUGUAGAAAGUACUUUGAAUUUGAGUGGUAGUAUUGACAGUAUUUCCUGCUGUGGUGUGAGCGAAACGCCAGUGUCGUCAGCCAAUGUUGGGGGGAUGAACUGAGCGGACCCGCCUGUCUCCUGCAGAUAUUGCGAUUAAGAUGAUUAGUCCUUUACUCACCUGUUCUCCCCUUCAAGCAAGUGGGAGCAACCCCACUGCUGGUGUUGGGAAUGUUUUCAUGUUGCAUUAUUGCAGAGAUGAAAUGAACUGUGUGGUGGAAUUGUGUAACGGAAAGUGUACCGAAAUUUCAAAUUCUAGUAGAAUAGAAAGUUUAAGUUCGAGUCAUAAUUACUUAAAUUAGAAAACUAUAAUUAGUGAAAUUUGUACUUGUACUAUUAACCUAUUUUUCCGUAAAUCUAACAAUUUUAUGCUUAAAAAUAGAUAUUGUAAUUUUGUGUGUGUUCACACGUUUUAAAUUUGAUUACCCAUUUAUAUAAGAGCAACUAUAUAAGUGUAUUUUUUGUUAUAUAUGCACAUAUCAUUUAAUCCAAUUCUUAGUUAAAUGCGCACAAAGAAUACUUGUAUGACACGUCCACAUUUCUUAAUAAUUCGCUAAAAAAUUAUGUACAUUUUUAAAAUCAUCAAGGAACUUUGUUAAAUCUACAAAUGUUUAUUGUUUUACUUUGUAUAUUUAUCUUUUUAUUUGUCUGUAUCGCUAAUUCUGAAAUUUCUGAAAUUUGUCUAGAAUUUUAAAAUGCCUACUUAUGUAGAAAUAAUUUUUUUGUAUGAAUGUACUAACACAAAUUUGUUUAGAGACACUAACAAAGUUAAAAGAAAUAUUUGAAUGUACAAACACGCAUUUACUUGUACAAGCGAAUAGCUAUGGCUAAUUUUCUUUACAAGCGUCCAGACAACUAGA